AUGAGCAAACCAUCGGAGAAGAAGCCGACGACGGCAGCGACGGGUAAAGCGGCUGCGGCGGUGCCAGCGACGGUCGAGAAGGCGCCGAUGCUGGUGGUCGUGACGGAAGAAGACGACGAGUUUGAGGAGUUCGAGGACGCCGACUGGAAUGGACAGGCAGAAGAGACGGACGCGCACAUUAAACAGCAGUGGCAGGACGACUGGGACGUGGACGAAGCGGACGACGAGUUUUGCAACCAGUUGCGGAAGGAGCUGCAGAAGAACAAGUAG